UGUGAGUGUUGUGUAGGGGAAAUCGGAAGAGAGGAGUCCGAUCCUCAGUUGUUGGACGUGACACCCUUCUCCUGUACCGACACGUGUCAGUUUGCGGCAGUUUUCCGCAGUUUGCGAAGAGAAAACACGAGUGUUCUCUCUUGUUACCGUCUAUUGACACGUGGUGAAGACCCAUGAAACAAGACCGAAGCAACACACGACUGCUUGUCCGACUUUUACUGAAGGCUGUUCUCAUCGAGCCUCGAGCCAAUCACGCUAGUUUCGAGUUACCAACCUCGUGGCACUCCAUCGAACCGCCAGUACAAAUCCUGAAUCGGUGAUUCUAUUUCGCGCCUUUCCAGAUCGAUCGUUAGCUGUACAGCGAAGUAACGACUUACGUUUGUUUCGUCGAAGCCGGACGACCCGCUGGCAGCAGGGUCGCAGUGUUCCGCCAAGAACUCGCAACAGUCGUUCCUACAUCGAAGUACUGGUAAAAGUCUGUUGAAUCGAUCGAGGAUGGCAGUGCCGGCGAAGAUAGCAUCGUGUUCAGUUGUCUUUUCGUGGAGUUUAUGCUCUUCUCGCGGACUCCUUCGUUUGCUGUUUGCCUGCUCUACUCGACGACGUGAAAAUGCAGCGUGGAUCAUGCUGCGUUCGUGGUGGUGGUGGUGGUGUAUCUUGUGGAAACAUACACGCUUUUCCCGACACCUUGAGUUUGACAUCUCUAAAACUAGCACGGCUUCUGAUCAGUACGUUUCUGGUGUUGGCAUUCGUGCAAGCAACACAUGGGACAUACGUCACUGGUCGUAGCUGCUCAUCACAGUAUUUCCCCAACGUCUCCAUACCACCGGGAACACUCUAUCAUCCGCUGACAGCUGAACGCAAUAUCGAUUACUGCACACAAUGCUAUUGCAACCCGAGGACGGGAGUCGCCGACUGCGGGCAGCUAUUCUCAUGUACUUCUUGUGGACUUGGUUGGAAGAAGACGUGUCCGCUGUGCCCAGUCAGUGUCCUCUGUUGUCCGCUAUGUCAGGUCGACCCAGCACAUGCAUGGCUUGCUAGUGGUGGGUCUGAUGAAGGUAGCUCUACCAGCAGCAUACGCAAAGGCUGCACACAUGACGGCAGCCAGUACUUGGACGGUGAGGAGUGGCACGAUGCUACUCGACCAUGCUAUCGAUGCAACUGCACAAAUGGCGUCGAGAUGUGUUUCCGUAAGCCAUGUUCCAACACGAAAUGUGCAGCACACUUGACGCCAAUGGACGUCUAUCCAUUUAGUUGCUGCCCAGUUUGCACAGAUCUUGGACCAAGGUACAACCGACCCAAUCCACCAGCAACACUACCUGGAGCUGCCAACCAGAGACCAACAACUCGGUCUACUCCACCACCGAUGCCGACAACAGCAGCAGCAGCGCAAAGGAGAACCAAUCAAGCCUGUUCAUCGCCAAAGACUGCAAUACGCUGCAGAAGCUGGUCUUCAUGGUCACCCUGUUCUCGGGAGUGUAAUGGGCCCAAUCAACAACGUAUGCGAACACGAUACUGCCGAUGUAAGAAUAAGUGUCGAUGUCCGGAUGAGUGGAUUACAUCACAUGCACUGCAAAGCCAGCCAUGUUCAGCCUCCGAUUGUUUGAGGACGUGCGACUUGUCCAAGCUGACAUACAAGGUGUAUGAACUACAUCACACACAGCAGCAGCAGCAAGAGUCUGGGAUACGUCUAACACAAAUUGUUGUAUUCCUCAAUGACUCAUGCAAGGGAGAGUAUUACACGUAUGGUGCACGGGGACUGUCUAUGCACCCAACGACUUGUCGGGAUUUUGAGCGUCUAAAGAGGAGCAACUCAGUCACGACGUUCAAGUUACUGGGGAGAACCCGCGCUGGGCGAUUUCGCAAACUGUCAAAGAUUCGCCGGCGCAUUCUACCAUUCUCCUGCACGGAAAGGUGUCAUGUCGCCAUGAACGCUCUAAAGGAAGAGUUACGAAUUCAGAAAUGUAUUCAGGAUCAGGCUGAGCUUGCAAACGAGACAUAAGAUUGUAAAUGCAUGCAAGCUAUUGCUAGUUGUGCAACUCCACUCACCAAGAACCUGAUCAUGCGUUCCUACAUGCAGACUGGACCUCUGCACAUUCUUGUUGUCUAGAUACUCGUAGAUUUGUGAACCCUACUAUGCUUGCAGAAUUAUUUUUAUGGCUAAACCAUACUACUACACGUGCAUUACCUUCUGCUAACUGCCGUAUCUAGUCUAGAUUCGUUGUGCAUGUGCUGAGAUGCACACAAUGAGUACUUGUUGAAACUUUGAGCAUAUAGAUUCUGCAUGAUUUGCUACGACUGAACUGUGUUGCGCCUACUGAGCCCUAAUGCCAUGGGCACAUCAUCAUGCAAUGACAUUCAUGUUGAUCUUGAUUUCAGCUUGUAUUGAUGCGCAAAGAAUAAUUAUUUCAUGCCUUCA